AAUCACUAUAUAUACGCACACUGCCAUUUCUCUCUUCAAGAGACAAUCAAAAUCUUCCUCUUUUUUAAAGUUUACAAUGAGAACUGAGUCUCUGCUUCAUGUCUUUCUUGUUUCAUUUCCAGGCCAAGGCCAUGUAAACCCUCUUCUUAGACUCGGCAAGCGCCUCGCUUCCAAGGGUUUGUUUGUCACACUAUCUACACCCAAAGGCUUCGCCCAAAAGAUGGCUGAAGCCAACAACAUCACUGACGACCACCCUAUCCCAGUGGGCGACGGCUUUCUCCAGUUCGGAUCGUUCGAGGAUGGCUGGGACGACGACGACCCCAGACGCGCACACCUCGACCAAUACAUGCACCAACUGGAGCUCGCAGGCAAACCAGCGAUUUCAGCGAUGAUCGAGAGAUACGCCGAGCAAAACCGCCCCGUUUCUUGCUUAAUCAACAACCCUUUCAUUCCUUGGGCAUCUGAUGUUGCUGAAAGUCUAGGCAUCCCUUCUGCAAUGCUUUGGGUGCAGUCUUGCGCGUGUUUCGCCGCCUAUUACCAUUACAAUCAUGGGUUAGUGACGUUUCCUACUGAAACUGAUCCUGAAAUUGAUGUUCAGUUGCCGUCCAUGCCGCUUCUCAAGCACGAUGAAGUUCCUAGCUUUUUGCACCCUUCAACUCCUUUUGCUUACUUGAGGACGGCCAUUCUUGGUCAACUUAAGAAACUUGAUAAGCAAUUUUGCGUAUUGAUGGACACUUUCCAAGAACUCGAGCCUGAAAUGGUUGAAUACAUGUCCAAGUUUUGCCUUAUAAAGACCGUUGGUCCAUUGUUCAAGUACCCCGAAGUACCAAACAACACGAUCCGUUGUGACAUCAUGAAACCUGAUGACUGCAUCGAGUGGCUCGACUCCAAACCGGCCGCGUCAGUGAUAUAUAUCUCGUUUGGUACUGUUGUUUACUUGAAACAAGAACAAGUGGAUGAAAUAGCUGAAGCGCUGUUAGCCACUGGUAUCUCAUACUUGUGGGUGAUGAAACCACCGGCAAAGGAGUCUGGCCUUCCAAUCCACACUUUGCCUGAAGGGUUCUUGGAGAAAGUGGGUGACAAUGGCAAGGUCGUGCAAUGGAGUCCACAAGAUAAAGUGCUGAUUCACCCUUCGGUUUCCUGCUUUGUGUCGCAUUGCGGUUGGAACUCGACGAUGGAGGCACUGUCAUGUGGUGUGCCCAUCGUUGCGUUCCCUCAAUGGGGCGAUCAAGUGACGAACGCUGUUUAUUUGGUCGAUGUGUUCAAGACCGGGGUGAGAAUGGGCCGUGGAGAGGCAGAAAACAGGAUAAUUCCAAAGGAGGAGGUGGCGAAAUGCUUUGUGGAAGCAACAGUGGGGCCGAAGGCAAAGGAUUUGAAGCGCAACGCCUUGAAGUGGAAGGCUGCGGCGGAGGCAGUGAUGGCAGGUGGCGGAUCCUCUGAUAGGAACAUACAAGCCUUCAUUAAUGAGGUGAGAAGGAGAUGCACAAGCACUGACAAUGAUGCAGCUACUAUGAAUUUUGUGAAUAAGCACUCCCCGACAGAGGUAGAGAUAGUUUAGCAGUGAUAUAUGGAUGUUUUGUAAGGUAAUGUAAUGAUGAUGGAAAAUAAUAGAAAUAAAUAUAAUUAUGUAACUAUAGCUUUUCCAUUUA